AUGGCGCUGGCAGAACUGGCUGCGCGACUUAACUGCGCCAAAUAUAAAAACUGGCUGAAGGACAGGCAUAGCCACCACCUCUUGAAAGCUGCUCUGCAGCACUUCGCCGAUGAGCAAAUUCAUGUCUUCCACCGUCAUUCCGUGCACUUGAAAGAAAUCUACAAGAACUUGGAAUUAGUUCUUCGCAAACUUAAAUAUGAAGACCAUGGUUGGCAAGUGUGUGAGGACUUGAAGGUCUCGUGCAUGCUGCUCCGGCAACAAGCUGGAAAUAUUGUUUUCUUGAUUUCUGAGACAGGAACAAACAGCACUGGCCAUGUAUGUUUUUCUUCAUCAUUCAGGCUUAUAGGCCUCACGGGAAAAUCAAUACUUAUGGUCCUGACAAGUGACAUCAACACUCUUAAAACCUUUUUAUUUCAUAUUCAUGUCAACAAUAUUUAUCCAAAGAAAAUCAGAGAGGUGAUAAAGUGCCACAAUGAACUAAUGCAUUCUGCAGACAUGAAAGUCUCUUUUUCCUGUCUGAAAGAAUUUGGAAAUCAUGUCCAAAAUGUGCUGACUGAAUUCUAUCAGGAGCCAGAGACUCAGACAUCUUGUCAUAGGAUAGAAAAGGCCAUAAAACCUAUUAAAAAUUUCAUAGAACCUCUGAUGCUCAAAAUGGCAGCUGUGACUAUUUUUGUGGAAACAAGACUUAUGUUUUCCAGUGUUUCUUAA